AUGGAAAGCGUGAAGAAUCUCAAGACGCCAAAGGACGACAGGCAAGGGUUUAUCUCGCGCGCGCGCGAGAACGUCGAUCAAACCGUCGCAUGCCGCAUUCCAACCCCAGACCAAGUCACACCCCCUUAUCCCACCGUACCCAAAGAGUCCCAAUCCCUACAAGGCGCAAGACGCAGCUGUGUCAUGCCAAAUAUUCUAGACGAAUCCCAUCGUGUUAAGCGUGGGACUCUUCUGCUUCGACGACGAAUUAGUCUCGCCCUAGCUCCCCGGCCCGCACCACCCAACCGCCCCAUCAGGCGAUCCAGAAAUUCUUCAACUGCCGAAAGCAUACACCAGCAUCACAGACCAUGGGCUUUUUCCAAGGUUCGAUAUCCCUAG